AUAAAUCAUAACUUAAAGACCAUCUUUUCAUGUAACCUCCAUUUGAAAAUGUGUAUUUAGUAAUUAUUGGUUUGCAUGAAGAUUUGUAUAGUAUGAUAGAGUUAAAGAUAAACAACUUACCAAACGUCAUUUAUAUAGUAUAUAUAAAAAUUUAAGUUACUAUUGAGAAAAAUAUUUGCUAAUGUUGUAAUUCUAAUAAUAUAAUUAUAAUACUAAGCAAUAUCUAAAAUCUCUAAAACAAAGCUUAAUAAGAUAUAUACUAUUUAUAACAAAAGAAUUAUGUUUUAAUUAAUGCAGGUAAUUACACCUGCAUAAAGAUAUAAUAACCUCAAAUAAACAAAUCAUCAAAACUAUGUAGAUCUAAUUAUGGAUACUUCAAAGGAUACAUUAAUAUGUCGUUUAUGUGGUGUAAAUCUUGUAAAAGGAAAGCAUAAAAGUAUCUUUGAAGGAUCAACAGAUUUAAUACAUAAAAUAAAGGAAACAUUGCCAAUUUCAAUAUCUAUUGAUGAUAAUGGCUCAAAAUAUGUAUGUUUGUCAUGUUAUGACAAAAUUACUUUUUACUACAAAUUUAUUCAAGAAGUAUUGGAAUAUUCUAAAAGAUUAGAAAAUGUAUCACAAAUAGAAUCCUUCUUUGAUCUAUCUAAAGAAGUAACAGACUUGUCACAAAUUCAUAGUGAUGCUAUAUAUACAUGUCCAAAUUGUAAUGUAGAUUUAAUGAUUUUAUUAGUUAGUAAUCCUCAAGGCUGUGAUUAUACCUUCCAAAUCUCAUUAGCUAUGGUAAAUCAUUCUGAAAACAAACAUAUAAAGAAAAAGAAUAUACAAAUACAUAAAAAUGUAGUACAUCUUAAUAAUACUAAAAAUAAUAUACAUUUAAAACAUGGAAACAAAACAACAAUUACUGAAGAUAUUGAAAAUAUGCCUAAUCAAGAAGUAAGCCUAACAUUACCUGUAUUAAUCUCAACAAACUACUACAAAGAGGAAAAUUUAAAUUGUAUUGAUGCAUUAUCUAGCAAACAAAAUACAAAAAUUGAAGUAGAAAAAGACACAAGAGAAGAUCUUAAGGAAUCUAAUUCUGUUCAUCUCUCAAAAAUAUCAAAAGUACAAGAAAUAUCACAUGUGUCUAAUAAUUUAAUGGAUUAUGUUUAUAAUUCUGCAGAUCCAUUAGUGAAAAAUGAACCUGAGAGUGAUAAUACUUAUUGGCUAGACAGUGAGACUGAUUAUAAAAGUGAGAAAGAUACAUGUAUAACAUCACAAGACACUAUGCUUGAACAAAAUGAUAUACAAGAUGAAAAUGAUAUAUAUAAAUCUUGUUUAAAAUAUGUAUGUAAAUUAUGUGGUGCUCGCUAUCUUUCACACUUAAAAUAUGAAUUUCACAUGGAAAGACACAAGCUAGGUAAAACAGAUAAAUAUGAAUGUACAUUAUGUGAUAAAGAAACAAGUAAUGAAAACUUAUUAUGGGAUCAUUAUUUUCACACACACAAGAGUUUACAACGUUAUAUUUGUGUAGAGUGUGGAAAAUUAUUUACAAAACGAACUAGAUUGAAUGGGCAUCAAAAAAAUUAUAAACAUUCUGGUGUAAAACAAAUACAAGUUGGUACUAGUGAAGAUGAUAUUAGUGAAGAUGUCAUACAAAAAGCUAUAGCAACAACAAAACAGGAGAAAGUAUCUAUAAAUUGUAAUCUUUGUGGUAAACUAAUUUCAGACUUAGAUCCAGAUGCUAUUAAUGACUUAGUUACAUGUGCUACUUGUGAAGAUUCUACACUUUCUUUAAUGAUAGAUGGAAAUGAGACAAAAGUUAUUUCUCCACGUCAAUAUCAUUGUUCUAAGUGUCCUAAACAUUUUGUACGAAAAGAAAGACUAGAAUUUCAUGAAAUGAGGCAUAAUGAAAAUAUGAAUGAAUUCAUUUGUAGUACUUGUGGAAAAGAUUUUAGAGCAGAAAAUUCUUUAUAUGAACAUUACCUCUUUGUUCAUAAAGGGGCAAGACCUCACAUUUGUGAACUAUGUGGUAAGUCAUUUCAGUUAAAAGCUAGAUUAAAAGAACAUCAUCGAAUUCAUACAGGUGAGAGACCAUAUCAAUGUGAUAUCUGUGGUCAACGAUGUAGAACUACAAAUGCUUUAAAGCUUCAUAGAAAAAUUCAUUUUUCUCAUAACAGAUAUAUUUGUAACGUAUGUAAUAAGUCAUUUAGUAAAAAGCAAAAUAUGAAUGAACAUUUAGAGAAGCAUUGGAAAAAUGAUAAAAGUGUAACAUUACCACAAUUAUUUACAUGUCCAAUUUGCGUAGAAGAUUUUCCAACCUACCGUAUGUUAAAAUAUCAUAUGGUACAAAUUCAUGAAAUAAAUAAUCAGGAUCCAAUUUUAAUAAAACAAAAACCAUGGUAUGAAUGUGCAGAAUGUCACGAGAAAUUUAAACAUCAAAUGUCUUUAAAAGCACAUAAAGAGAGAGUACAUGAAGGAAGAGUAGACCCUAUUUAUCAGUGUGACAUAUGUAAUGCAACAUAUAGAGUAAAACAACUUUUAGUAAAUCAUAUUAAAAGUAAACAUGAUGGUGAAAGACGUUAUAAAUGUGCUCAAUGUGAAAAAGGAUUUAAUGACACUAAAUCUUUAUAUAAUCAUGUAUUAUUACAUACUGGAAAAAAACCAUUUGUCUGCGAAUAUUGUAAUAUGAGUUUUAGAAGAAAAGACUCCAGAGAUUAUCACCGUAGAAAACAUACUGGUGAACAACCUUAUCAAUGUCCAGAUUGUGGUGAAUCAUUUUCUACCUAUAAUAAUCGAUCUAAACAUCGAAAGAGAGAACACGGAGAAGGAGAUCCAGAGUGUCCAGAAUGUGGAAAAAAAUGUAAUAAUCAACAAGAAAUUAGAAUACAUUUAAAUAAACAUCUGGGAGAGAAACUAAAAAAAUUACAAAAUAUAAAAUCUAAGUAGAUAUGAUCUACAUACAAUUCAAACAAAAAUACAGUGAAACUAAAUUAAAUUUCUAAAUUAAAAUUGCACUGAUUAAUUAUAAUUAGUAGAUUAUUUUAUUUACAAAAAUGUAUUUAUUUUAAUUAUUUUAUAUAUUUAUAAAUGCAAUUUAAAAUUAAAAGAGCUGACUAAGAAUGUGGACUAACAUCUAAUUUUUUACUGUUUCAUUACAAUUUAAAUUAUUUUCAUUAAUUUUAUUUUACUUAAAUAAUUAAAAGCAGGAAUUUCUUUAUCUUUCUUCCAUAAAAAAAUGACAUGUAACUUGCUACUAAAUAAUGUAUUAAAAUAUUUCUUUGUAUAUUUUAAUCAUUGAAUUAUUAUUUCAUGAAAUAAAUACAUUCAUAUUAAACAACUGCAUAAUAAAUACUAUAUUAAAUAGUAUUACUAUAAAUACUAUAUUUUAUUAAACUACUUGUUAUUAAAUAUUUUAAUACAAAAGCUUAUUAGCAUUUUACACAAAAACUUAUACAAUUUUAUACAAAGCUUCCUAAAAGAAAAUAAUUUUUUCUUUGCUUGUAUAAAAUUAAUAUCAUGUUUCUAGAAAUAUUUUUCAACUUUUGUAUAUGUUUGUAAUGUACUUCAUUUUUUUUUUGUUUUUGUAAGAUAUAUUUACUAUAAUAUUUCUAAUUUAGAAUGAUCUUAAUAGCACUCAAGUAAAUUUAUAAUUAUUUGGUUUAUAAUGAUAAUAAUAUGUGUAUUAUACUACCUUUUCAAAUUAGUCCUUCAUUAUGUAUAUAGUAUCUUAUAGAGUAAUUAAGUAUGAAACAUAAACAGCAUAUACUGCAAUGUGUUGCAAACAUAGUACCUGAAAUUAUCUAUAAAAACAUUGAAAAUUAAAUUUUAGUAUUUGAAAAUAAACUAUUGUUAAAACUUCAAAUGUAGAAGAAAUAUGAAGAUUCCAAAAUAAAUAAAUUCUAAUUACUCAAGAUACCACUGUAACUACAGGAAUGCUUACUAAUUUUAGUGUUAUUAAGGAUUUAAUAUUGAAUAUGUCAUAAACGUGUUUCACAACAUCAAGGCAGUUAAAAAUAUUAAAACUAUUUGACGUAUUUAACAUAUCAUUUUUUACUUUAGUAAAGCAAUAUAAUUUAUAUGUAUGUAUAUGAAAAAACUCAUAGAUAUAAACAGCAUUACAAAAAUAAAAUAUUGAAAAAUCAUUGCAAAGUA